CCUCCCCCACAUCCCACAGCCGGCCAUCCCCACCCCAGCUGCAGGAAAAUCCCGGAGCCGCGGAACCCUUGGCCUGGAAUUCCUCCGUGCGGCAGUGAACCUUCUGAUCUGGGCAUGCUCAGUAGUCAGUGAGAGGGAGGAGGGGAGAAAGGCUCUCCUCAUCCCCGCCGGAGGAACCCUCUUGCCCGAAUCCGGCUUCAGGCUCCACCGUGGCAGAAGAGCAGACGGCAAGGGCGACGGCGCCCUGGAGACCAAAGAGAGAUGGAAGCGGAGGCGCCGGCGUCGUCCCGGUUGGUGGAGGAAGAACUAGAUAUGGAAGUAAUGAAGCCUUUGAUAGAUGAACAAAAUUUAGAUGGUACAUCUGAUGAGGAGCAUGAACAUGAACUAUUGCCUGUUCAGAAGCAUUACCAAAUUGAUAGUCAAGAUGGCAUUUCAUUUAUACAAACCCUUAUGCACCUGCUUAAAGGAAAUAUUGGAACUGGCCUUCUAGGACUCCCACUGGCAAUAAAAAAUGCCGGUAUUGUGCUUGGACCAAUCAGUCUUGUGUUUAUAGGAAUUAUAUCUGUUCAUUGUAUGCACAUGUUGGUACGUUGCAGUCACUUUCUCUGUCAGAGGUUUAAAAAAUCUUCAUUAGGUUAUAGUGACACUGUUUGUUUUGCUAUGGAAGUAAGUCCUUGGAAUUGCAUCCAGAAAAAAUCUUCUUUGGGAGGGAAUAUUGUGGACAUUUUUUUGGUGAUAACACAGCUGGGAUUCUGUAGUGCUUACAUUGUCUUCUUAGCUGAGAAUGUGAAGCAAAUUCAUGAAGGAAUUUCAGAGAAAAUGUUCUCUCUGAAUGGUACUGAUGAAGCAGCGCUACAUGGGAGAAGAAGUGUUGACCUGAGGAUGUAUAUGCUUUGCUUUCUCCCAUUUAUAUUUCUUUUGGUCCUCGUUCGUGAACUAAAGAGCUUGUCUGUCCUUUCACUCCUUGCAAAUCUUUCCAUGGCCAUCAGUCUUAUAAUAAUCUACCAAUAUGUUAUUAGAGAUAUACCAGAUCCCCGAAGUCUUCCAGCUGUGGCUGGUUGGAAGAAAUAUCCACUCUUUUUUGGUACAGCUGUAUUUGCUUUUGAGGGCAUUGGAGUGGUACUCCCAUUAGAAAAUCAAAUGAAAGAAACAAAACGCUUCCCAGAAGCAUUGAACAUUGGCAUGGGGAUUGUUACUACUCUGUACAUAACAUUAGCCACCCUAGGAUAUAUGCGCUUUCAAGAUGAAAUCAAAGGCAGCAUAACUUUAAAUCUUCCUCAAGAUGAAUGGUUGUAUCAAUCAGUGAAAAUUCUGUAUUCCUUUGGAAUUUUUGUGACUUACUCAAUUCAGUUCUACGUUCCAGCAGAAAUCAUCAUUCCAGGAAUCACAUCCAAAUUUCAAAAUAAAUCAAAGCUCAUCUGUGAACUCAUUAUUAGGACUUUCUUAGUUUUUAUUACAUGUCUCGUAGCAAUCCUGAUUCCUCGUUUGGAUAUAGUGAUUUCCCUCGUUGGAGCUGUGAGCAGCAGUACAUUGGCACUCAUUCUGCCACCUUUAGUUGAGAUUCUUAUAUUUUACAAGGAAAGUUUCAGCCUGUGGAUGAUUCUCAAAGAUAUCUUGAUAUUAGUCAUUGGAAUUGCUGGUUUCUUAGUAGGCACAUAUGUAUCUAUUGAAGAAAUUAUUUAUCCUGCUACUACACUAUUGCCUAAUGCUACGCAAGGUCCAGCUGUAAGUCUAAAUUCAACCUCUGUGGCGUCUGGUUUCAAGUAGUGGUGAUAGGAUUGCAAGCCUUCUACUCUUUGUUUAACUGUGAAAAUGUAUUAUAAGAUGAAAACUAAGAGAACGUAUUUUAAGAACACUUUUUUUUACAUUUUUUCAAUAUUAUAUUGUAACAAGUGUCCAUUCUUUAUUAGUAACAGUAUAUUAAAAUUAUUUACUUUGGUGAAACUGUA